AUGUCCAAAACACCAACAAUGAAACAUUUCAAUGGAGUUAAUGCCAACGAAACUACCGAAGUUUCGAAUCUUGAAUUAUUUCUUGAGUUCAGUAAUUGUGUUAUUUCUAAAGAUUUUCGACAAGCUAUAAAUCUUGCUAAACAGAUUCUUCAGUCUGAGCCAAACAACUCACAGAUCCACGACUUUCUUCCAUUAUUAAACGAAGCGGAUUACAUGAAAACUGCUGGUGUUUUUCACUCCCUUACUGACGAUUCAGAUACAGAAUCUGAGGAAAAUGAUGAUGAUAAUAUCCAUCUGAACACUUCAACGGAUACAGACUCUUCUGAUGAUUUUGACUACACAAGUUCUGAUUCUGACAGCUGUCGGUGUCUUAAAAAAUUACAUGGUUCAUAA